AUGGCCUCGCGGGGCGGGGGGACACCCGCGGCGAGCGGGGCGAGCGGCCCCGCCGAACUACAGCUCCCACAAGGCCCGCGCGGCCUCUCGCCGCCGCCGCCGCCGCCGCCCCGGAACUACGCGGACCACAAUGCACCGCGCUGCCGGCGGAACUACCCGCCCCACACUGCGCCGCGGCCCCUCCCGGCGCGCGCACGCAUCUCGCGAGAGGCGGCGGGGCGCGCGAGGUGUGCGGCCGUUAGCGGUCCCGUCAUGGCUGACGGGCGGUCCCCGGCCGGGCCCGGUCUCAGGCGCAGCGGCCGCCACAACGCGCGGGCGGCGGCCCAGACUGGAUCGAGUCUAGAAAACAAGAGUAAAUCUGUCAGAAGCACCUUGGUGAAGCAGAGACAGGCAGCGUUCCCUGAUCUCAAAAAUGGCACACCACGGCUUCUACUCAAGAGAGUCAUGCAGAACGAACCCCAAGUUUCACCUCUGGCACCUCAGAUAUCUAACCAUAAAGACAUGGAAGAAGCUCAUUCAGAAGUCCCAUCUAAGAGAGUUUCAAGCAUGGGGGAAUUGCAGCUGCCAGAUGUUGCUGCUGAGGACACAUCUGUCAGCGUAUUCCACAUGACAAAGAAGAGAAAGAAACUCAGCAUUUCUGAGUUUGAGAGAGCAGCAGAGAGACGACUUACCCAGAACCGAGCUCAGUCAACGUUGGACAGCACAAUUAUGACUCGAUCCCUUCGUAUGUCUGUGGGUUCCUUGAUGGCCCCAGACACUGUUGAGAAGAGGGGCUUGCUCCGGAGGCCAAAAACCCGCAAGGCUGUUGACAUGCAAGCUUUUGAAGGCAGAGUAGAACAGAACCUGCUGAAGAGCAAAGAACAGAACUACCUUGUGGACUCACAAUCUGCGUCUGGGAUUCGAACAAGCAUCCUGACAAGUGAUGCGGAAAUGAUGAUGAAUAGCACCGAGCUCUUUGUUCAGUCCCAGCUGGAUGAACAGAGCCAGAAUAAACUUUUUGCUCUUGAACCCCAGCUGUCAGACUCAAAAACUUCAGCACAGAGGAGCCUGAUUUCUGAUGUAGAUCAAGAGAAAUCAAGGCCAGAGGGCCUGGUAUCCAGUGUGGGCACAAAUGAGGGAAGGACCCAAAGAUACUCCAAGAGCUCAAGCCUUGAUCAUGGGCAUGUUGACAGAAUGAGACAUGUAUCUACAGAAACACCUGUAAAACAGCAAGAAGAUAAGCAGGAUCAUUCCCAGCAGAGUCACCCAAUGGAACAGGUUUCUUUUCCUGAAGAGGAAGUGGUUUGCACUGCAGAAUGUGGUGCAAGUGCUGGAUAUUCUGAACAUUUGGAGAAGAAACUGGCUGAAAAAGCAGAAUUGCAGAUAACUCCAGCACAGGACAGCAGAGGUGAAACAGAAAUGGCUCCUUCAGCAGGAGAGGAACUGGCAGAAGGCAACGUUGGAGCCUACGGCUCUCCCGGAGCUGAACGUGAGAUUACCAAAGGCAUUGGAGCUGAAAGUCCGGGCAGGCACUCUCAUGCCUUUUCCUCAUUCGAUAAACCUGGGAUGACUCCAUCAGAUGAAACUGAUGAACAAGGAGAUGAACUACAGGACCAGGCUAUCAUGCUAGAGUUGGAUAAUUCAGUGGAAGAGCCUUCUGAGGAUGAAGCUGGACACCCUGCAAGUCAAGAGGUUUCCAUGAAGACUCCUGCAUUUGUCCGUGCUCCAGCCUACAACCUCCUGCUGUCAACUCCACAUGUUGCAAAACCUGCUGCUCCCAGGUCUCCCGUGCAGCUGUUGCAGCCUAAGACAGUUCCAAAGAGAUUGAAAACAUCCCAGAGGAAACCAUGUGAGCCUCAAAUGCCAAGGAGUUUGAUAAAGGAGAUAUUCAGACAUUUUGUUAAAAUGCCAGUGACCAGAGAUGCAUUCAAAAUUGUUGAAAAAUGCUCCGAGAGAUACUUCAAGCAGGUGAGCGAUGAUCUGGAAGCUUACGCCCGCCAUGCAGGGAGGAAGACAGUGGAGGUGGCUGACCUGGAAAUCCUCAUGAGAAGGCAAGGGCUGGUGACAGACAAGAUGCCAUUGAAUGUGCUGAUAGAGAACUACCUCCCUCUGGAGUACCGGAAGAUCCUGAUUCCAGUUGCUGUGAGUGGAAAUAAAGUGAUCCCCUCCAAGUGAAGGUGCAGUGAUGGCCUCUGUGGGUGAGAAGAUGGUCUGUUCCCAGGGGCUGGCUGUGGAUUGUUCCAUGUCACUGCUCCAGGUGAUGCUUUUCCACACGUAAGCAAUCAGGCAAAGACUGCUGGAUGUUCUCCUGAGUGGAGGCAGGUUGUGCUGUGGCCACCACACCACCCUGCUGGUCUCACCAGCCUUUGUCACAAGUGAUUUGACUAUCCAUAUUUUUGUAUGUUACCUUUGAAUACGUGUACAGCUCAGAUAAAUAAAAUGUUACAUGUA